CACUUCCUUAAGUCCCCAGUUGUAACUGACUUAAUCCAUACCUUUCUCUCCUCACUCUUUUUUGGCUACAAGAUUAUGAUCGUCAUCAUUCUGCAAGUUAUCUGCAGCCUUGUGGUCUGGCUGUCACUCUACGGCGGCUUCUUGUACCGGAACAAGCAUCGCAGCCCCGAAUGGAGCUGCCGGCUGGUCACCCUUUUGCAUGGGCUAAUUGUCACCUUCUUCUCCGGCUACAUCGCUUGGAUUGACGGGCCCUGGCCUUUGACUCAUGCAGGCUACCCCAACACGGCUCUCCAGGUCUGCCUGAUGUGCUUGUCGCUGGGAUAUUUCCUCUUCGACUUGAGCUGGUGCAUUUAUUUCAAGAGCGAGGGCAACCUGAUGCUCUCCCACCACAUGCUCAGUGUCAGCGGCCUGGCUUUCGUGCUGAUGAUUGGCAAGUCUGCCACCGAGAUCAACGCCGUCGUCUUCGUGAGCGAGAUCACCAACCCUCUGCUGCAGCUACGCUGGUUCCUACGGGAGAUGGGGCGCUAUCACAACCUCCUGGGGGAUGUGGUGGAUUACCUUUUCGUAUUUCUCUUCCUGGGGCUGCGCAUUGCCGGCGGAGCAUGGAUUGUACAGUCGGUGAUGACUUCGCCCAACACCAUCUGGAUGCUGAGGGGUGGCGUCCUGGCAAUGUAUGUGGUCUCCUGGGCAUUUAUGCUUGAUAUCCUCAGUUUUGCCAGGAGGAAAACAACGAAGAAAUAUUUUGCUUGGAAGAAUGAAAAAACGAAAGAAAAGCUUCCCAGUGAAAAUGGACAUCUGCCGAAAUGCUGACUUUGACUUCCCAGUGGGCUGUUGUGCAAUAAUCGAGCAAUAAGCAAACGGAACCUGGAUAGCUCAGUUGGUUAGA